CAACAAUGGAGCCAUGGUCUGAUGUGAAUGUAGAGUGGAAUGAUGUACCUGCUUUCGAUCCGGGGACACCUGAUUCUCCUGAUAUUGACUCUGAUGGUGAAGAUAGAAGAGAGCGCAACGACUACAACAUUGAGAAGGAUGCCAUGAACUUUGUUGAUGAGCCUCCAGUGAAGCAUAACCUGUAUCCAGAGACAGAAUCAGAUGAAGAGGCAGACGUGGAAGAGAAUCAGAGAAAAGAGGUUCAGAGAACUAUCUACAGGCGCGAUCAGUUUAGAAGAGGCAGUGGGGAGUUGUUUGUUGGGCAGGUGUUCAUCAAUGGAAUUGCGUUUAAGGAAGCAGUGCUCGAUUAUGCUCUGAAAACGGGAAGGAACAUCAAGCAGAAUCGAUAUGACAGCACAAAGAUCGGAUUUGUAUGUGAAGGCAAAGGUUGCUCGUGGCGCGUCUACGCCUCAGUUGCAGCAAAGUAUCCCAACAAAUGGCAGGUGAAAAUCAUGAAGAAGGAUCAUACUUGUGUUCCUACAGGUACUUGUGAGAUGCUUAAAGUUCCACAAAUAGCUCGCUUGUUUGUUGACAAGAUCAGAGAAGAACCAGAAUAUUUCAUGCCCAUGAAGAUGGAGGAGCUUGUUAUGGAGAAAUGGAAGAUCAAUGUUAGUAGGCCGCAAUGCCAACAUGCUAGGAACAAGGCGGUCAGAUGGAUUGCAAGAGAGUAUGAUGAGCAGUUUGGGCGGUUGAGGGAUUACUGCGCUGAGAUAAGAAGCUCGAAUCAAAAUUCUUCUGUGGAGCUUGACUGUGUGAAGAAUGAUGCUGGCAUUGACGUUUUCAACAGAUUUUAUGUCUGUUUUGAUGCUCUGAGGAGAAGCUGGAAAGAAACAUGCAGGCCACUAAUUGGAGUAGAUGGAUGUUUCUUGAAGUCUAGGAUGAAAGGGCAGCUGCUAGUGGCUUUGGGUCGCGAUGCCGAUAACUCUAUUUACCCUAUCGCAUGGGCUGUGGUAGGAGUAGAGAAUACAGACAACUGGUUGUGGUUUGUGAAAAAGAUCAAGGUUGAUCUAGGACUAGAAGAAGGAGAUGGUUAUGUUAUGGUUUCAGAUCGUCAGAAGGGAUUGAUUGCUGCUGUGAAGAGAGCACUGCCGGGAAUUGAGCAUAGGAUGUGUGUUAGACACAUCUAUGGUAACUUGAAGAAGAACCAUGGAAAGAAACCAGAUAUGAAGCUAAAGCUUUGGAACCUUGCUUGGAGCUACAAUGAGGCUGAUUACAGAGCAAACCUCUUAGACAUUCAGAUGUACGAUGCAGCUGUUUAUGACGACGUGAUGAAGGCAAAGCCAGAGAAGUGGUGCAGGGCGUUUCACAAGCUUGGACCUUAUUGUGAAGACGUGGAGAACAAUUCAACCGAGUCAUUCAACAACUCCAUAGGUAAAGCCCGAGACAAACCCUUUGUACCUAUGUUGGAGACAAUAGCUCGCUUGGCAAUGGUUCGUAUAGCGAAAAGGGAUGUCAUCUGCAGCAGUUACGAAGGGAUUUGCACACCGUAUGUCGUUGAGAUGCUCGAGAAGUUGCACCAGAAAGCUUCAGAAUCGACGAUUAGACCUUCCACCAACCAGACAUAUGAAUGUACUACUAGCUAUGGCUGUGCACAUAGGGUUAACUUGGAGAGUAGAACUUGUAGUUGCAGGAGAUGGGAGAUUACAGGGAUCCCUUGUGAGCACGCCUAUGGAGUUAUGUUGAAGAAAGGUCUAGAGGCUCAAGACUAUGUGGUUCACUGGUUUAAGACACCUACGUGGAGGCGUACGUAUGCUGAAGGGAUUGUACCAUUGCGUGGAGCAAAGUUCUGGCCCGUAGGAGAAGAACCAUCUAUAAUUGAACCUGUGAUCCCAGAUCAACCAGGCCGUAAGAAGGUGACUAAAGCAGAUAAAAAGAGGAAGAGAGGAGUCAAUGAAUCACCAUCGAAGAAAAAAGACAAGACCUUGAAGCGGAUCAUGCACUGUGGGCAAUGUGGUGCUGCUAAUCAUAACAUCAGGUUCCAUAAGAACAAGACUUUUGUGAGUGGUGAAUCUUCUCAGCCUGAAGCCUCCCAAGGUGUUUGCACUCAAGGCUCUCAGUCUAGGAAGUGAAUAUGCAAAGAAGAGAAGAGAGAUUUGAAGAAGUGGUCUGUUUUUGUGGUGUUUUAAGUGUUUUUUCUCGGUUUUAGGUGUUUUUUUGAGGGUCUAGGACCUUGUUUCUCGGCUUUAGAUUCCUUUUGCACGUUUCAUGACCUUGUUUCUCGGGUAUAUGAACUAGUUUAAUGGAUUUAGACUCUAUUUUAGUGUGUUCAAGAUAUGUUGCUGGGUCAAUGUAUGAUAUUUUAAUGGCUUUAGUCAUGCUUUUGAAUGCUUUUGAAAGGAUUUAGAAUUCUUGAUUCUCACAAUUUAACAGCAUAAUCAUCUUAAAAUAACAUCCUUCUUUCAUCAUUUUAAACAACAGACACAACAUAAAUCAUCAUCUUAGACAACAGACACAACAGAAACAAACUAGACACUUAAACAUACCACCAUUAGACAUAACAAAUCGAGAAAAAUUAUAGUAUCUUAGCCAACACAACCAUCCCCACACAUCCUAAAACAACAAGCACCAGCGCCUUCUUCACCUCACUUUUGACUUCAUUCACAACAUCUUCCAUUCUUGCAGAAAUCUCGGUCUCUAACUUCAAUCCAAACUCUUCAAACUUUGUCUUCUCUUCUUGGGCAUCCCUUUCUUCUUCCACACGACCAGUCAACAUGCCCUGUUCAAGUCUCCCUAUCCUAAACGACAAUGCUUCAACCUCAUCCAACAAAGCCUCAUCAACCCAUUUGUAACUGUGAUUAUCAUUACUCAGCUACAAACACAGAAAAAUUGAUUCACCCACACAUUUUGAACAAUCACAUUUUGAACAAUCACAUUUGUAACUGUAAUUAGAAACAAACUAACCCUUUUCUCUGCCGCAAAAGCACAACGAAAGUAUCUUCUGCAAGGAUUUGGCUUCGAAUUUGACAUCAAGGGGAUAACUAAUUCUCCACACCAACAUCUCUUCGGAACACCAACAACACGACCUCUUGCUCGACCCGUAGAGACUCCACUCGAAUUUCCCGAUUCAUGACUCAUACUUUUUGGGUCUGGGCAAAUAGAAUCUCUCUCUGAAUUUUUAGGUUUUAGGGUUCUAAAGACAUGAACUCGAUUUUGGGGGUUUUAAAGGGGUUUCGGGUCGGGUUUAAAUCGUUUCUUACUCGGAUCUUUAUCUGGGUCGAAGUGUACCAAUACGAACCGGUUUACUAUCGGUUCAUGUAAUAAACCAUUAAAACCAACUUAAAUCUUGGUUGAGGGGGAAACGGGUUUCGAUCUUUUCUCGUAUGUGGAAAUGCGUUGUUAUAGUUGGUAUGUGUGCAAUUGGGACGAGGCUUAAACUUU